UUAAGGAGCAUCAUGGCGGACACACACAGCAACAAUAAUCAUGUCCCGGUUUUAUUCUCCUUUUCUGUAUUCUCACGGCCCUCGUCUGUGCCUGUGGGCUCUGGAUACGAAGUGCUGAUCCAGAAGUUUCUUUCCAUUUACGGAUCUCAAAUCGACGUUCAUCGUAAACUGGUACUUCAGUAUUUCUCGGAGGAAUGGGGUCAGUACAUUGAUUUGCCGAAGGGAUUCACGGUUUCAGAAAAAUGUCGGCUGAGAUUAGUGCCUCUACAAAUGGAUAUCACGACACUGGGAAACCUCUCACCGGCCACCACGGUUUUCUUUUGCUGUGAUAUGCAAGAGAGAUUCAGACCCGCAAUCAAAUACUUUGGUGACAUCAUCAGUGUUGGCCAGAGGCUGCUUCAGGGGGCUCGUAUUCUGGGUAUUCCUGUGGUGGUGUCUGAGCAGUACCCUAAAGGUUUGGGCAGCACAGUGCAGGAAAUGGAUCUGACUGGAGCAAAAUUAGUUUUCCCCAAAACAAAGUUUUCCAUGGUGCUUCCGGAGCUGGAGGCUGCCCUGACUGAGAUUCCUGGAGUCCGCAGUGUUGUGCUCUUUGGAGUUGAGACCCACGUGUGCAUUCAGCAAACAGCUCUGGAUCUCAUUGGAAGAGGCUUUGAAGUACACAUUGUCGCUGAUGCUACGUCCUCCAGAAGCAUGAUGGACAGAAUGUUUGCACUAGAGCGGCUGGCGCGCACUGGAAUCAUCAUCACCACCAGUGAGUCUGUUCUGCUGCAGCUCGUGGCUGACAAAGAGCAUCCAAAGUUUAAAGAGAUCCAGAACAUCAUUAAAGUCAGUGCUCCAGAAUCAGGCCUGCUGUCCAAGGUCUGAUCACAGUCAAAACAAAAGCACUUUCGAAAAUGUCCCUCCACAUUAAACUGAUUAAAAUGCUCACCAGCAUGUGUUUAGUAUUAAAAAUGAUACAAUGCUUCAAUUACAUAUGCACUUAUUUAUAUUUGUUGUAAGUCAUAGAAUCCAAAAUGUAUAUUUUGAUGUUCAUUCUAUCAGAGCAAAUUAUAUGACCAGGAAGCAUUUCUUGGUGUCUACAUCCAAAAGUACAAAUCAUUUCCACUAAAUAAUACAGCAUGUUACACUCUAAAUACAUGCUCCGAAUGUAUAGAUUCUAGUCUGUGCAGUGCAGUGAUACAGAUUAGACCGAGCAUAGCUCUCAAACUCAAUUUCUGGAGGGCCACAGCUCUGCACAGUUUUGCUACAACCCUAUCAAACACAGCUGAUCCCAAUAAUAAUGGUGUUCAAAAGAGUCAUGAACACCUUCAUUAGUUGGAUCAGCUGUUCUGGAUCAGGGUUGGAACAAAACUGUGCCGAGCUGCGGCCUUCCAGGAAUUGUGUUUAAGACCUAUGGAUUAAAGGCUUUCAACAAUGUUAAUUCUUUAGCUGAGGCUUUUGAGCCCAUAGAAUUGAUGACUGCUAAUGUUUCCUGUUUAAGAGAUGGGUUUUUUUCUGACUCAGUUACUGUAUUUUUCACAAGUAUGGCUGAACAUCAAACUACCUCUCAUCUAAAUCAUGCUGAUUACUGGUGCAUCUUUGCAAGGUUACUGAAAUCAAUUGUUUUUUUGUUAUCUGUAAAAAUGUUCAUACACACCCUGGAGACCUUUAGCUAAAAGUUGCAGCUUCUUCUGUGCAAGCAGAAUGUUAUUUGUUAUUAUUAUUAUUAUUAUUAUUAUUAUUAUUAUUAUUAAGACGUACUGUUACAGAUCAGGGGCCUGUACCAUGAUGGUGGCUGAACAAACUCAAGAUUAGGUUUAAGUUAACAAAACCAAACCAGUACGAUCAGGUUGUGCUGCUGAUCAUCAACACAUCAACACGUGCACAUGCACAUGAAGAUUGGACAUCUGUAGCAAACUGCCAAUGAUGUACCUUAAAACAUAAAGAUACUCUGAUUGACUUCUCACAAGAGUAUUGGCACAGUACACAGGCAAAGAUUAAAGCGUUUAAAAAUGCGAUGAAUUUAAAAAACAUAUGUACAGCAAGAUGAAAAGUGCUGUAUAUAUGUUUGCUUUAUUAAUGCAAGUGAAGAUGUCAGGUUUGUAUAAUUAAUAAUGUGUACUAUGCAUAGACUCAGAUAUGUGGUCAUAUGCAGUUUUUAAAGCUUUAUCUACCGAUUUAAAAAAAAAUACUUUUCAAUUGCUAUUCAUAAAAAUGUGUACAUGUAUCGUUAAAAUCUGACGACUUUUUCUUUAAAAGUGUUUUACUAAACAGAGACUUUUAAUUUGGAAAAAUGGAACAGUAGGAGUGGCUUUAUGGCUAUAUGCACUUGGACUUUUAAUUUUCAGUAAGGCAGCCCGGGGGCUUCCUGUGACCUGUCUUUCCAUUACAAAAUACUCAUGUGAUUUCUUUAAAAAUCAGCGAUCUUCUCUGCCUGUUAGAUUUACGAUAUGAAGUGGGUCUCAGAUCGGACAAGAAGCACUGCAUUAAAUUCCAUUCCCACCGCAAUGUCUUUCAAGAGUUAACGCUUAGCUCAUGAUUUAUCACAUAGCUUGUUUGGCAUGCUGUCCCAGGAGAGAGCCCUAAGCUCAAGGGAUCUUCGGGCCAAGGGCUACCCCCUUUCACAGGGCGAGGGGAAAUUGAGCUCGGGUCGAUCUCAAACUCCCCCGCUGCUGAGGCCAAGGUGAACUUCCUGAGAUUAAGACAUUAGACUUAUUUUAUCUAUAAUUCAGAGCAUAUUUGUAUGGUGGGAGGAAACCGGGGAACCCCAGGGAAACCCACGCGGACACGGGGAGAACAUGCAAACUCCGCACAGAAAUACCAGAUGGUCCAGCAAGGACCCGAUGCCAUUGGUAUUCUUGCUGUGAGGCAACAGUGCUAGUCACUGGGCCACCGUGCCGCCCAUUCUGGAUAAAGGUGGAAGAAGGGGAGGAGGGGGGUUUCUUUCAGAUGAAGAUAGUUGUAGAAAGGAAAUGAGGAUAUCUAUAGUGUCUUGGGAUCCUUUGAUUGGAAGAUCAUGAUUAGCUAAUGUGGGCCAGCUGGGUCAAUCAUGAGUACAUGCUCCUCUUGAAAUUUGUUUAAAAUUAAACUUCACUUAAAACAGGACAGUUUAUUUUACUCCAGUCUUUCAUCUCGUUUAACGCUUUAACAACUAAAUGAAUGCUUAAGUCUAUUUAAAUGAAUGUAUUGUAAUUAUAUUACAACAUCGAUGCUGUAAAAACAGGCGAUGCAGUGACCUGUCGCAGUAGGUAGUGCUGUCGCCUCAGAGCAAGAAGGUCGCUGGUUCGAGCCUUGGCUGGGUCAGUUGGCAUUUCUGUGUGGAGUUUGCCAUGUUCUCCCUGCAUUCGCGUGGGUUUCCUCCGGGUGCUCCGAUUUCCCCCACAGUUUAGACAUGCAGUACAGGUGAAAUGGGAAGGCUAAAUUGUCCGUAGUGUAUAAGUGUAAGUGAGUGUGUAUGGGUGUUACCCAGAGAUGGGUUGCGGCUGGAAGGACAUCCGCUGCGUAAAACAUGUACAGGAUAAGUUGGCGGUUCAUUCCGCUGUGCAACCCCGGAUUAAUAAAGGGACUAAGCUAAAAAGAAAAUGAAUGAAUGAAUGAAUGAAUGAAUGCUGUAAAAACAACCUUUUAAAAUUGAAAAUAGUCACAUUUAGCUUUCACUGGAAGUUUAUCGUUGGCUUAGAGCCCAUUGCAUCAGAGAUGUCACUUUGCUUACAGUAUAUUGGUUUGUGAUGCUUAAAGCAGAACAUGACCUGUCCCAGAGCAGGUUAGCCAUGUAGCCUAAGAUAUCAUGGCAAGGAAGAACGAUUAAACCAACCAUGAGUUACCUUUAUGGUACCCGAAAUCCAGAAUUGAAACUUAACUGGCUAGCCAACUAAACUGGUACAGGACCUAAAUUUUAUCCCGUUCUGUGUAUUUCCCAAAAUGGGCAUUUUUGUGUCGAGACUAUGUGUAAGCAUACGUUUUACCCCAUUGUUUGAAUUUAUUUAUUAUAUUACCCAAUCAAUCCUAGAUCCUAUGAUCCUACACUUUUAUUUAUUAGUGUGUCUUCUGCGUGUGUUUGUGUUGAAAUCAGCCUACAUUUGUUGUGUACAUGAAUAGUGGGAGAAUAAUAUGUAUUUGGUGCCUCUUAAUGAACUGUCGCUACUGAUUGUAAUUAGUGCUUAUUUUUUGUUGUAUUGAAUUAGCAAAAUAAUUUUUGUGUACCUUUGUGUACAAUUGUUUUUGUAUUUGCUCUAUAUUUAUCUGAAAUUAAUAAAUGUUUAUAUGAACAAA